GAUCAGCUCAUGGGACUUGAGGCAAGUCUGGCAGAAGCUCUGUCCACUAUCGAAGCUAUUGAGGCUAAUAUUGACAUGAUGGGAAAAAAGAACCUAGACGAAGCUAUCAUGUGGUACAAUAAAUUUCUCGGUUUUGAAGUUUUUGCAGGAGAAGUAAUUCAGUGUAUUCCAUUGCUUGAAGACACUGAAGAAUUGUUGAAGGACUGCACUAAUGAUCUCUUCAAGUUUGUUAGAAACACGAGAGCAAGAUUCCAGCUGCUACCGUUAAAGCUUUGGUGGCCGCUUAGCCGCCCUGAGGACCGUGACGCCAUCUCUGCCUUCAUCGCCGACCUCCGCUCGAUGGCCGUCGUCUGUCUCUGCCGCCCCCGCCACCUCCGCCGGAGCCCGGUUAGUCGCAUGUGUGGCUCCUUGGUUCCUAUGCUGUUUUUCUUUUUGUUUCUUUGGGCUUGUUGAGCUGUGCCCUCAGCAGAAUCUUCGUACUUGUGUGUGAGACUUGGGUGCGUGUGUUUAAACUAGUCCUUGUA